CUCUGCUUGGCUAGGUGUUUCUCCUCUUGGCUGUGCGAAUGUCCCUCUGCUUCAUUACACGUCUCUCCGCUCCUUAGGAUCUCUUGCCGUGCACUACCCCAUGGUUCAGUUUAUCUCGCAAACAUAAUCCAUAGUCGAGCUCUGUAAUGUUGCAAUAGUAAUCCACGGUCCAGUUUGAAGGCGCCGCGAGGUAAUAUACGUUCGAUAUCCAUCCAUGGCGCCGAAGCGAGAGCGCGUUAGCCGUUCAGGCGAGCCGGCGAGGCGAGUGACCCGGUCGUCGAGCUUGCAGGAGGAGGGGGAGCACGAGGACGCGCGGGACGCGCAGGACGCGCAGGACGCGCGGGAGGUAGAAGAGGUAGAGGAGAUAGAAGAAGUGGGAGGUGAGGUAGGACGACGCACGCGAAGGAGCGGAGAGGCAGACGGAGCAGAAACGAACGGCUCCGAUGGUAGUAGGACGCGUCAGAGCAAGCGGCUUAGGAUGGGAGGCGCAAGUGGCGGCGGUAUACCCGCGUCGCAGCCGCCUGUUGACGUGGUGAAGCGAGAGCGAGCCGCGGGUGCGGUGAAGCGGGAAGUUGACGUGGCCAGACGCCAGGCUGAGGUGGUGAAACGGGAGGCUGACGUGGUGAAGCGGGAAAAGAUCGCUCGCGCCGCUCGUCUUAAUAAGGGCAAAGAGAAAGUCGUUGAGAGUGAUGGCGGUUACGACGCUAGGGAUUACCAUGCCGAGGCUGGCGGUUACGCUCGGGAUUCGCAGGCUGCCGGACCUAGCACGCAGCCUCGCGCUCGGGGGCGUGCCGAGCCUGGGGAAGAUGCGGAGGUUCCAGUGACGCCGUCUGGCAUGGGGGAGGGUCGGGACGGACCUGGAGGCACGCCCACGCAGACAAUGCCGACACGCCGCGAGGCGACAACGGCGAUAGUGCUGACUACUCCGCGAGCCAUGCCACGAGGCGUCGACGGGUUCCAGCCUGGCAACAUCCUAAUGGUGCAGGUCCGCCACUUCAUGACCUACGCAUCCAUCUCAGCGCGCCCCUCGCCCCGCCUGAACCUCAUAGUGGGCCCCAAUGGGUCGGGCAAGAGCUCGCUUGUGUGCGCCAUUGGGCUCGGGCUGGGCGGCGAACCCAAGAUGCUGGGCAGGGCGGCGCACGUGGGCGAGUUUGUGCAGCGGGGGGAGUGCAGUGCGGAGAUCAACAUAAAUCUGCGGGGAGAUGCGGCGGGGGAGGAGGUGCAGGUCACGAGGCGAAUCAGCAGCGAGAACCGCACCGAGUGGUUUCUCAACGGGCGGGGUGCGCGGCGGGAGCAGGUGCUGGAGUGCAUGAAGCACUUCAACAUCCAGAUCUCCAACCUCACUCAGUUCCUUCCCCAGGACCGUGUGUGUGCGUUCGCGGGCAUGUCGCCGAUCCAGCUGCUAGAGGAGACACAGAGGGCCGUGGGCGACCCCCAGCUGUCCCAGCAGCACACCUUUCUCAAGGACCAGCAGGACGUGGUGGUGAACCUGGAUGCGACAUUGAAGUCCCAUGAGGAGCAGCUGAGCAAGCUGCAGAAGGAGAAUGCAGAGGUGGAGCAGGAUGUGGAGAAGGUGCAGCGGAGGGAGGCCAUUUUGAAAGAGGUGGCGCUGAUGAAGAAGAAGGCCCCGUGGCUCAAGUACGAGCGGGUGAAGGCGAGAGUGAGGGAGAUGGAGGGGGAGGUGCAGGCGAGGCACAGGGAGAGGGACGCGCUGCAGACGCAGGUCAUGGCAGCCAAGGACCCUCUCGUAGUGCUGAAGGAGAGCCGGGCGGGGUUUUCAUCUCUGGUGGCGAAGAUAGGGAAGGAGAACGAGGCGCGGGAGAGGAAGCUGCGGGAUUUAUCAGAGGAGAGCGACCACCUGGUGCAACAAGCGGUGGAGCGGGAGAGGGACAUAGUGGAGACGAGGCGCAAGGCCGUGACCAGAGAGCAGCGGCUGGCGAAGGCGCAGCAGGAGCUGCAGCAGCUGCAGGCGCAGCUGACCGGCCUGCCUGAAGUGAAACCGCCCAAGGCGGAGGUGGAUCCGUUGUCGAAGCGGGGGAGGGAGCUGCGGAUGCAGGCGGGGGAAAAGGAGAGGGAGGCGCGGCAGGUGGAGCAGCAGCUGAGCGCGCUGAGGGAGCAGCUGCAGCGCGUGGAGAAGCGCAUUCACGAUGUGACCAACAGCCGCCACCGGCGCAUACAGAGGGCGGGCGACCGGGAGCUGAUGCAAGCGUGCGAGUGGCUGGACCACAACCGCGCGCAGUGCAAGGGCGCUGUGUAUGGGCCCAUUCUGGCUGAGGUGAACGUGAUUGACCCCGCCGCCCAUGCAGCCUUCCUGGAGCAACACGUGGCGGGGUGGGUGUGGAAGGCCUUCGUGACCACAGUCUCGGAGGACCGGGAUCUGCUUGUGCGCCACUUAAAGCCCCUGGGCAUGGCAGUGGUUAAUGAGAGCAGCCGACCGGAGGAGCUGGGACCACCUGCACAUGCCAUGGCAGUGGAUGCACAUCUGCAGCGCCUGGGUGUGACGCACCGCCUGGACGAGGUGUUCAACGCGGCGCCCGUGGUGCGCAGCGUGCUCAACCAGCAGUCGCAGCUCUUCCGAUCCUUUAUCGGGUCACGCGACGCUGACCGCCAUGCGGAGGACAUACAGGGCCGGGGCGUGGAGGACCUGUGGACGCCCGACAGCCACUACCGCUGGCAGCGGUCACGCUACAACGGGUCUGUGUCCGCCAGCAUGCACGGCGUGCGCGCCUCCCGCUUCUUCGCUGAAGAUUCGGGGCUGCAGGAGGAGGAGCAGCUGCAUGCGGAGAAGGAGAGGGUGGAGGCGAGGGGCAGGGAGGUGCAGGAGCGCAUGCAGGCGGUCAAGAGGGAGCAGCGGGCGCUUGAAAACGAGGCCUCACAGUGCGAGAGACAGCGGGAGGAGAUUGUGAAUCGGUACAUGGGCCAGAAGAAGCAGCGAGAGGACGUCCAGAGCCGCAUUCUCCAGAAGCGCGAGCUGGUGGCGUCUCUGGGGCGCAGCGAGGACAUGGAGGAGAUGGAGAGGCGGGCGAGGGCCGACAUUGCAAACAUCAUGGACAGGCAGCUGGCCAACGCCAAGAAGACGCAUAAGCACCUGCUCGGCCUGUGGCAGGAGAAGCGCCGUCUCUCCUCCCUGCAACUCGCAGUAGACGAGCUCACCUUCCUGGUGCGGGAGCGAGAGAGCGAGUUCAAGGACCUGGACGAGCAGCUGCUGAGGCUGCAGCAGGAGGUCAUGCGGGAGGAGGAUCGUCUGCAGGCAUCGAAGCAGGAG